AUGCCGGUUCUUGUCUUUUCAGCAGGAGGACGCAGCAAGCCCCGCGACCAGCUCCGCCCGCAACCUCCACUAAUUACCAUUUUGCGAAAUGUCAACCUGGUUGCUGAGCCAAAGCCUCACCAAAUCGGGCGCAAACGACCUAAUGUCGCCAAGACGGGAGGUGACUGGGAGCAGUUCUACGACAGCUACAACGCAGGAGGCGCCAUGGGCCCUUGCGGGCCACGCCUCACACCACCACUCAAGAGACCUCGGUUGAUGGUCCCAAACUUGCGACAGCAGCCCAGGGCACAGUCCCCGAAGAAGGUGGCCACGCCGGGCCUGGAAGACCUCAAGACCUACAGUGGCGCUCAGCUCGCAAGCAAGGCAAAGAAUAAAGUUGCCUCGGUAAGGAACAAUAAAAACCAGGUGAGAGAGGACAGCAAGAUGAGCAUCACUAAUACGUCUAUCAAGGAAACAAGUAGCCCUGACAUCCUGAUCUGUGGUAACUGCCGGGAGCUGUUCUCCAACCUGAGUGACUUCAUCGAGCACCGCCGCACCUACUGCAAGCUUAGGUUCACCUGCAAAUGCUCCUCCCACAACGGUACCAUGCGUACAGAGGAGAGCGCUCUUCUGCUGUGCGCGCUUUGCAAGGAAAACUUCGCCUCUGCCUGGGACUUGAUGGUUCAUGCACAGGCUGCCCACAUGGUCAACAUCUACCAGCUGGGCUCCAAGGACACACUACAGGACAGCGGGACGUGCAGCACGGCUGAGGAGAGCACGGCAGGCACGCCUGCUAGUGAGCUGGGUGGAGACAUCAGCACGGAGACCAACGGUGGAGAGGCCAGUGGAGACCCCGCUGAGAGAACCAAGUCAGAAGAUGAUGCUCGUCCCCCACUUCCCAAGCAGAUAUUAGAUGAACAAAUAUUAAUAAUAUAA